UUUCGCGGCAAUGACAAAAAUAGAGCACACAUCACACAAAAUCAAGGAGAAAGCGACAACAUCCAAACACUACUAGAUCUAACGCUACAAUACUAGUACGGUACCACCAUGUCCGAUCCCUCUCAACCAGGACAAGCUCCUCCUCCCAACCCAGUUCUGACGGCGUACGAGAAUUUCGUGCGCGAUACUCCCUUGGUGACCCGCUAUGUCCUGACUUGUCUGACGGCCACAUUUGUAUUGGAUAUUUUCAUUGACAGUUUCGGGUGGUCCCUGUCCAAUAUCCCCUACUUUGCCAUUGGUCGACUAGAACUCUACCGCAUCCUUGUGGCUCCACUAGUCUGCAACAAUCUGUUUUCUCUGGUAUUCGCCUACUUUUCCUUUAUCGAUCAUGGCAAACGAUUGGAAUGCUCCAUGGGAUCGGCACAAUUCGCAUGGCUCUUUGCCAGUUUGGGCAUUGGGAUUAAUACCACGCACGUGAUUCUCACCUACAGCCUCCAAUUCCUCACGGGAGAUCAUACAUGGAUCCAUAUCAAGGCCAGUGGCAUAUGGACGGUACUAUUUCCCCUCAUUGCCAUUGAAUGUGUGGCAGCACCACCUCAUUCCAUGCGAAAACUAUUCUUUUGGCAAGUACCGACACUCUACUAUCCACUCAUUCUGUUGGCAUUCUUUACCCUUUUGGGAGGAUAUUCCGUUUCCAAUUUGGUCGCCGUUGCCACGGGAUAUGCCUACGGAUACGGAUACCUCGACAAGACCAAGGUGUCCACGGCACAAACCAAACAAUGGGAAGAAACUACCAUUCUCGCUAAUUUUGCUCGACGAGAUGGAUGGGUUGGAGGGAAUGCGGCCACUGGACAAGCUGCAUGGGUGGAAAUGGCAACGUCUGGUGGUGGAACAACAAUGGCACAACAACAGCAGCCCUUUUUACCGAGCGGGGGUGAUGCAGCAACAUCGGCAACAACAAACACGGCAGAAUCCUUUCCUUCCGGAGGUGGAAGACAGUUGGGAGGACCCACGCGACGAGGAGCGGGAAAUACCGAUGCCAGAGCGGCAAGGCUCAAAGUGCUCGAAGCCAACAAUAGUGGUGGCCCCACGGAGAAUGCAGACGACAAUGUAUAGCGGCAUCUUUUCUAUUUUUAAAAAACAAGGUGAUAGACUCUAUUAUAAAAAUAAAAAACCAAAACUAUUCACAGCUUU